GUGAGGUCACAGAGAAGGCUGGCUGCGUUCGUCGUCCGUCGGUGCUGCUGUGCUGUGAGUUGUUGAGCUGUUGAAAAACACACGAUGAAAAUGGCGUGGACACCGCAAGAGGAAGGUCUUAGACAAAUUUUGACGCUACUCAGAGAGUCUCAAAGUCCAAAUACCGAGACACAACGUGCCGUUCAGCAAAAACUCGAGGAGCUGAAUAAAUUUCCAGACUUCAAUAGCUAUCUUAUAUUUGUCUUGACGCAAUUAAAGACUGAAGAUGAACCAACAAGAUCUCUCAGUGGUUUAAUAUUAAAGAACAACGUGAAAGCGCAUUACCAUAAAUUCCAUCCGGAAGUGACAAAUUUUAUAAAACAAGAAUGUUUAUCGGCCGUGGGAGAUCCAUCACCUUUAAUUCGAGCCACUGUCGGCAUUUUAAUAACAACUCUCGCAUCAAAAGGUGAUCUAACGGCAUGGCCGGAAUUGCUUCCGGCAUUGUGCAACAUGCUGGAUUCGCCAGACUACAAUGUUUGUGAGGGUUCAUUUGGAGCGCUUCAAAAAAUUUGCGAGGACUCUGCCGAGAUUCUUGAUUCGGAGGCAUUAAAUCGUCCACUUAAUGUGUUGAUUCCGAGAUUUUUGCAGUUCUUCCGACACAGUAGCGCAAAAAUACGAUCGCACGCUAUCGCCUGUGUCAAUCAAUUUAUCAUUCAUCGGGCACAACCACUUAUGAUUCACAUUGACAGUUUCAUUGAGAAUCUCUUCCAUUUGGCGACUGACGAUGAUCCCGAUGUUAGGAAAAAUGUCUGCAGAGCUCUUGUUAUGUUAUUGGAAGUGCGAAUGGACCGAUUAAUUCCCCACAUGCACAAUAUAAUUGAGUACAUGUUGAUGCGCACACAAGAUCUCGACGAGAAUGUUGCGCUCGAGGCCUGUGAAUUUUGGCUCUCAUUAGCCGAGCAGCCAAUAUGUAAAAAUGCCCUAGCACCGCAUUUAAAUACCCUGAUACCAAUUCUCGUGAAGGGAAUGAAAUAUUCCGAAAUUGAUAUUAUUCUCCUCAAGGGCGACGUGGAGGAGGACGAAAUGAUACCCGACAAGGAGGAGGACAUAAGACCACGUUUCCAUAAAUCAAAAACACACCAUACACAUCACGCGGCAAUGAAUAAGCACAAUGACGAGAAUGGCGGUUGCGGCGAUGACAAAUACCUGGACAUGGAAGACGGAAGCGAUGACGAAUCAACGCUCGAGUGGAAUUUAAGAAAAUGCUCAGCAGCCGCACUCGACAUAAUCGCCAGUGUUUUUCGCGAUGAAUUACUACCAGUCUUGGUACCAAUUCUCAAGGAAACUCUAUUCCAUCAGGACUGGGAGAUAAAGGAAUCGGGUAUUCUCGCAUUGGGAGCGAUUGCCGAGGGCUGUAUGGUGGGAAUGAUGCAACAUUUACCGGAAUUAAUACCAUAUUUGAUUGUCAGUUUGAGUGAUAAGAAAGCGUUGGUGCGCUCGAUUACGUGUUGGACAUUGAGUCGUUAUGCGCAUUGGGUUUGUUCGCAGCCGCACGAUACGUAUUUGAAGCCGUUGAUGACGGAAUUGUUGAAACGUAUUUUGGAUGGUAAUAAGCGUGUUCAGGAGGCGGCGUGUUCGGCAUUCGCGACACUCGAGGAGGAGGCUUGCACUGAACUUGUUCCUUAUCUUGGAUUUAUUCUCGAGACACUUGUUUUUGCUUUUAGUAAAUAUCAACAUAAGAAUUUAUUGAUUCUUUAUGAUGCCAUUGGAACGUUGGCCGAUUCCGUUGGUUAUCAUUUAAAUAAACCGGAUUAUAUUAAUUUGUUAAUGCCACCAUUGAUAAACAAGUGGAAUGUCCUGAAGGAUGAGGAUAAGGAUUUAUUUCCAUUACUCGAGUGUCUCUCGUCCGUUGCCACUGCUUUGCAAUCGGGAUUCUUGCCUUAUUGUGAACCAGUUUAUAGGAGGUGCGUUUCGCUAGUGGAGCAAACACUGAAUCAACACAUUGCCAAUACGCAGAGUCCUGAGCAAUUUGAAGCUCCCGAUAAAGAUUUUAUGAUUGUGGCUUUGGAUCUUUUGAGCGGAUUGGCGGAAGGUCUGAACGGUCAUAUGGAACGUUUGGUUGUCAAUAGCAAUAUUAUGCAAUUGCUGUAUCAGUGUAUGCAAGAUCCAAUGCCUGAAGUACGACAAAGUAGCUUCGCUCUGUUAGGCGAUCUUACCAAGGCUUGCUUCCAACAUGUUUUACCCUGUAUUCCUGAUUUCAUGCCAAUUCUUGGGCAGAAUCUCAAUCCGGAAUUCAUCUCUGUGUGCAAUAAUGCAACGUGGGCAAUUGGAGAAAUUUCGAUAAAACUUGGUCCAGACACAAGUGCGUACAUUCCGAUUAUUCUCAGCCAAUUAAUCGACAUAAUAAAUCGUCAAAACACACCGAAAACAUUGCUGGAAAAUACGGCCAUAACGAUCGGUCGCCUAGGUUAUGUGUGUCCCCACGACGUCGCCCCCAUGUUACAGCAGUUUGUUCGACAGUGGUGUUCAUCGUUGAGAAACAUUCGCGACAAUGAGGAAAAGGGUUCAGCAUUCAGAGGAAUGUGCCAAAUGAUAAAUGUCAAUCCAGCUGGUGUCGUGAAUGAUUUUAUUUUCUUCUGUGACGCCGUUGCUUCCUGGACGAAUCCCUUUGAGGAUCUUAAAGACAUGUUUAGCAAGAUAUUACAUGGAUUCAAGCAACAAGUUGGUACUGAAAAUUGGACUCGAUUUUGCGAACAAUUUCCACCGCAGCUUCUUGAGCGGCUGCACAAUGUAUAUGGCGUUUGAGCGGCCCCGCUUACUUAUGACGGCCGCUUAAUGGGGCAGGCUGGAUGGGGUCGGGCGGGAAACAGUAAACUGGGUGGACAGGGUGGGUGGGUGAAACCACGGCCUCUUCUUCGAAACGUCGUCGUCGCCGCCGUUUAUCGCAUCAUGGCCACCGUCGCCGACGUCGUCGUCGUCGUCGUCGUCGUCGUCAAAACAGUCUUCAUCCCUGGGGAAAAGCAGCUUUCAUUCUAGUGUGCAUUUUUAAAAAACAAAAAAACAAAAAUUUCACAAGACAAAAACAAAAACCAAAAGAAAAAAAAAUCAAGAAAGCUGCAUUAAAAAUAGAGAUUUUAUUCAUCUCCAAAAAAAAACAAACACAGGGAAUUUAAAGAGAAAAAAUGCGACUAAAUAAAUGAAAACAAAAAAAAAAUAUAAAGAAUUAUAUCAUUUGUGCUGGCCGAGAAGAAAAUGGGAGGGAAUUUAGGAAAAAUAAAACUCACGAAACUUGCAAUUGGGAGGGUUAAAAAAACGGGUGGGUUGAAAGGGUUUAUUUCGAGUCAAUACAAAUUUUCUUUUUAUGUUUUUGUCCGCUAAACAAAAAGGUAUCGAUAAUACUAAAAUCUAAGAAAUCGAACAUAGAUACCUUACAAGCAAAAAAAAAAAAAAAAAAAUCAAGCAGCGUUAAAUAUUUUGUAUUUAAGUGUUUCUGCGAAUCACAGAAAAUAUUAAUUUCUGUAUUUAUAAAAAAAAAAAAAAUUUCAUGUCACGAUACUGACAAAGCAUUAUAGCAUAAGCUGCUAUCGUCGUUGUUUCUAAGAUCUAGAUUCUUCUUUCGUCUUGGAAAAAUUAUUUUGUAAGACAACAAGAAAAAAAAAGCCAUCGAAAAAUAGAUUUCACGUCCCAUAGAAAGAACUAAGUGUUUGAAUAAUGAAAUGACAAAUUAAAUCAAAUGGACUUUUUUUUGAAUUUUUUUUUUACUUUUAAUCGACGUAGAUAUAAAUUGACUUCCUAUUUCUUUUUUCUUUUCUAAGUCAUUUGGCUCAGUUCUUUCCUUUUCUUUUCUAAGUAUUUAAAUAAUUUUUGACUGAGAGAAUAGUUUCUGAUUAAGUAGUUUAAAACGGAAAAAAUCUUCUAGUUGCUAGAGUAAAAUAUAAUAUUUAAAAUGAAGAAGAAAAAACGAGGGUUUCGUCAGCAAUGCAAGUAUUUUUAUAGAUUAAAAUAAAAAAAAGUUAACAAUAAACCCAUUUAAACUAAAAAAAAAAACGCAUGAAAGUGCCAUUCCGUUCCAAAAUUUUCACUCCGCUUAUUGUGAUACUAGGUUACUUGUGAUUCUGCUAAUUGUGUGAUGAAAAUUUAUUUCUCAAGUGUGAAAGAAAAAAGAGGGACAAUGAUUUUUUUUAACUUUGUAAUCACUAUUAUUAUUAUUAUUAUUUUUUUUAACUUAAGUGUGCAUGGAAUAGUGCACAGGAAUCUUAUUAAUUA